AUCACCAAAUGGUUCAGAAUGCACUUCUUUGCAGCUAUGGUCUAUUCUUUAGAAUCAUCAAAAGAACUUGAAAGUUCAAUAAGUCUUCAGGAAAUUACUAAGGAACCCGUUGUUUCCAUCCCAAUUCGCUACCUUUGCAUUGAUGAAGAACCUUCCCUUCUCUCAGAAGCCAGCCUUGCACCAGCUAUCCCCACCAUUGACUCGAAAGCAUUAGUGAUGGAGCAAACCAGAGGUUCUGAACUUGAGAGAUUGCACUUAACUUGCAAAGAAUGGGGAAUUUUUCAGUUAGUGAAUCAUGGAGUCAGCUCUUCAAUAAUGGAGAAACUCAAGUAUGAGAUUGAAAAAUUCUACAGACUUCCACUUGAAGAGAAGAUGAGAUAUAAGGUAAGGCCAGGUGAUUUUGAAGGUUAUGGCCAAAAAGCUAUUUUACACUCUCAAGAUCAAAAGGGCUUUGAUUGGGCUGAUAGGUUUUACAUGAUAACCAACCCUGUUCAGAGGAGAAAACUACAUCUUCUUCCACAACUCCCUCCUUCACUUAGAGAAACUUUGGAGGUUUAUCUGUCGGAGUUGCAAAAACUUGCGAAGGUCCUUCUAUGGUCGAUAGCCGAUACUCUAAAGAUUGCCAGAGAGGAAGUAGAUAAGAUGUUCAACGAUGAGGAUGGGAUGCAAUCUGUGAGGAUGACUUACUAUCCACCAUGUCCAAAACCUGAGCUUGUUAUGGGGUUUAGACCUCACUCAGAUGCCACAGGAAUCACAAUCCUUCACCAAGUUAAUGGGGUUGAUGGCUUUCAAGUCAAAAAGGAUGGUGUUUGGAUCCCAGUGCACUUUCUUCCUAAUGCCUUUGUUGUUAAUCUUGGUGACAUUCUUGAGGUAUCGAGCAAUGGUCUAUACAAAAGCAUAGAGCACAGGGCAACAGUGAAUUCAAGUAUAGAGAGGAUCUCAAUAGCCAUGUUCUUUAAUCCAAAGUUCGAAGCAGAGGUUGGACCAGCAGCUUCUCUAAUAAACCAAGACAAUCCACCAGCAUUCAAAACAGUGAAAAUGGAAAAACUUGUGAAAGAUUACUUCUCCCGUAAGCAGGACGGAAAGUCAUUCUUGGAGCAUUUGAGGAUUUCAAAAGGCAAGACAGCACAAUAGCGGUUGAAUUUGGGAACAAUAUGCCAAGACGAUGUGAAAGUUAUAUAGUUAUGCAACAUUAUGUAUUUCCCUGGAAAUAAACAAAGUUAGACUAUGUAUAAACGUCAAUAGUAUAUUAGAUCUUCAACUUUGUAAUAUUUUAUGUAUUGGUAUAUAUAGAGGACGCUUUAUGUAAAA